AUUAGUUGGUGAGUGUGAGGCACUAAAUAUGGCCGAAUUAAAGAACUUGGCCCUGGAUGUGUUGCAAAAAUACCAACGCACUGAGGAGCAGCAUUAUGUGACAAGCUACGUGCAGAUUGCGCUUCGUAAUUAUGAAACGUGGCAGUUUGAUCGUGAGCAGGUCACUUUUCGAAAAUUCUAUAAAAAAGAGAAAUCAACUGGGGGAAAACAGGAGUUGUAAGG